UGAUCAGAUGGAGGACGGGGAGAAACUUUCGGAUGUCACUCUUAAAUGUGCAGAUUAUCUGGAGGGCAACAGCAAUGACAUUUCUGCAAAGCGGGAGAGCUGGCACCAUAUGAACCAUAUCCCCAGAACCUUGAAGAGCCAGUUCGUAUAUCGCCAACUGAGAGAACAGAAAAAUGCACUUCAAGAGGAAAUCAGGAUAUUCUGGAAGAAAUGCCAACGCCUACGGAGGGAGAUCCAGACCUUCCGAGAAGAUAACAAAACCAAGGCUUUGUGGGAGGAGAUCCAUGCCUUCAAGAAGAAGAACAAGGGCUUCAUGGAUGAGAUCAAGAGCUUCUUAGAGGAGAGCAGGGUUUUCAUGGCUGAGAUCAAGGCCUUCCAGACCAAAAAGAAGGAAAUUCAGGACCAGGUGAAGACCUUUCAGGAGAAGAUUGAGGCACUCCAGCAGAGGAUCAAGACAAUAGAGGAGGAGAUUGUUACCUUGGAGGAAAGGAAUGAAUCAUUUCGAGAAGCUGUCAAAGCCUUCCAGAUCAAGAACAAGGAGUACCAGGAAGCCAACAAAGGCAUGCGUGAGAAGAACAAAUCCAUCCAGGAAAAGAUAGAAGCCAUUGAAGAGAAGAACAACGCCUUCUGGAAGGAAUGCAAGGCAUUUUGGAAGAAGGACAAAACCUUCUGGGAAGAGGACAUGGCCAUAUCCAAAGACAAAAUGGCCCUCUGGGAAGAGUAUAUAGCUUUGAGGGAUAAUGACCAAGACCUCCAGGAAGAAAAAGCGGUCAUCUGGGACAUGGUGGAAGCUCUCUGGGAUAUGAAGUACUCCAUAUGGAAAGAGGUAAAUGGGUUUCCGGAAGAACCAGACCCUGAGUUCGGGGUGGAAGUUCUCGACAAUGGUGCCGAUGGAGACCAUGAUGAACCACCUGAUGAAAUAAAAGAGGUGUGAAUUAACGCAAUGAUCUGGUUAGCACCACCUUAAAAACUCCUAUACAUUGAUG